AUGCCUCUCACGCUUUACGCCAACCUCGUCAGUCAACCGUCGCGUUCCGUGGCGUGGGUGCUCAAGGUGAAGGGAGUGGACUAUGACCUCGUGACGGUGAACCCGGGCACGGACUUUAUCAAGUCGGACGAGUUUCACGCCAUGAACCCCAACGGUCUGGUGCCAGUCAUCAAAGACGACGACUUUGUGCUUUCGGAAGGCAUGGCCAUCCUGCAGUACUUGUGUGACAAGUACGACUGGACUGGCCCAGACGACUUGUACCCGAAGGAGCUCAAGGUGCGCGCGAAGAUCAAUGAGUUCUUGCACUGGCACCACACCAACACGCGGCUCUUCACGAUCAACUUGCUGCGUCCCGAGUUCGCCAAGAAGCUCAAGACCGCUUCGCCCGAAGAUUUGGCUGCACUCGAGAAGAAAGACGCGCUCAUUGAGAAGGUGUUUGGCCUGCUCGAGAAGCUCUUGGUCAAGGAGUACGUCGCGCAGACUGACUUCCCGACCAUCGCCGACUACACGGCGUACUGCGAGAUCGACCAGCUCGAGGUGAUGGGCUACGACUUGUCGAAGUAUCCGAAGGUGUGUGCGUGGACGGCUCGCAUGCGGUCGCAGCCGUUUGAUGACGAAAUUCACGAGGCGCUCAGGGGUUUCAUCAAGCAGUUUGACCUCACCGCGUAG